CAACCACAGACAUGGCUGUCGUCGUUAGAAAGCAACAGAUCUAGACCUCCUGUUCAGAGUUGUCAUAUUUUAUAGACCUGAUGCAGAACAAACAUAGAUUUAGAGAUCAGCUGAUAUGAAAUUGGCAGGGAUGAGGAUCUCAUUUAGAACAGGCUUUCACUGUAAAUUAUGCCUGGCCCUCACAGUGGUAUUGAUUUUUGUGAUAUUUGUGACAUGGAUGUCCUGCUUUAGGCUUUAUUGGAAUGAUUGGAACGGAAUUGAUAGACCUCAUUAUGCAUGCUUGCCAUUGCAGGGCAGACUUGCAAACCAAAUGUUCCAGUACGCAUUUAUGUAUGCUAUUUCUCGGAAAAAGGAACUGGUAAUCCUACUAUCAGAGUCCGAAGUAGAGAAUAUACUCCGAUCAACAUUCGAAAUUCAAAUCAGUCCAUCUGAUCAAUAUCAUCUAGGGAGUAGAGAAUGUUCCUGCUUUAGGAAAUAUGAAGAUGACUGGGACUGUGCAUACGACAGUAAGUUUGAAAAACUGGAGAAAGGACAAGACAUUCAUGUGCAUGGAUAUUUUCAGUCAUGGAAGUACUGGAAAGAUUAUGAAUAUCAAAUAAGGAACAGCUUUCGGUUUCAAAACUAUAUCAGAAACUCUGCUGAAGCAAUUUUACAAAAUAUUGUAAAGAAAAGUGGCAGUAAUCCUGCCGGAGGUGAUGUCUUGAUAGGAAUACAUAUUCGUCGUGGUGAUUACUUGAAAAUGAGCGUUUUUACUGAAUACGGAUAUACAACUGCAACUGAACAAUAUUUACAUAAAGCUACUGAUUUUUUUCGUGCCAGUUAUAAAAGCCCAGUCUUCAUUGUUUGUUCAAAUGAUAUACCUUGGUCACGAACAGCACUUGGGAAAUACAACGAUGUGUAUUUUGCAGAGGGAAACAAGCCGGAAAUAGACAUGGCAUUGCUGACAUUGACAAAUCAUACCAUUAUGACGGUGGGGACUUUUGGCUGGUGGUCAGCUUUUCUGACUAAUGGCACAACAUUAUACUACAAACAUCCCUUUGUUCCAGGGUCAGCCUUCAGUAAACAAUUCCAUGGCAAUACCUCUGAACAUUUCUUCCCUGGUUGGAUUGGACUUGACUAAAUUGUAUCAUUAUAUUCCUACUGUUAUCCAUCCAAAUAGUUUACAGAAGUUGUUAAACAAGUAUAUUUUUAAGAUUCUUAAUGGAGUGUAAAAAAAAAAAAAAAAAAAU